CCGAUUCCAUUCUCACUUCAAAUUCGAACCACACAACAAGAGCAACAACUAGAACUAUAAGGCUAACAACCUAACACUUCUCUCAUCACCAAUUUCUAUUUCUAUUUCAUUCGCUCAGAUGGCACUAGAAGCUCUGAAAUCCCCUACCGCUGCAGGAUCUUCCUUCAGCUUUGAGGAAACCAAUAAUCUCAGCUACUUGGAAGCACCCUGGGCUAAGAGAAAGCGUUCGAAGCGUGCCAACAGAAUGGAACUGCCCCAUAACUGCUCCGAGGAAGAGUACCUCGCUCUCUGCCUCAUCAUGCUUGCUCGCGGCACGACUACCGUCCCCACAGUCACAGCCACCGCCACUGCUGUCCAAUCCAAGCCUCACUGCUCUCCUGCUCCAUCUGUUGAUGAGUCGGCUCCAAUUCCAACCGCCAAUCUCACCUACAAGUGCUCUGUCUGCAACAAAGCUUUCUCAUCUUAUCAGGCACUCGGUGGACACAAGGCCAGCCACCGCAAGUUCGCUACUGCCGCCGUUGGCGGCGAAGACCGUCACUCGACCUCCUCCGCCGUCACCAACAGUUCCGUUUCCAAAGCAUCCAACGGUGGAGGCAAGGCUCACGAGUGUUCCAUCUGCCAUAAGUCUUUCCCAACAGGACAGGCUUUGGGAGGACACAAGCGUUGCCACUACGAUGGCGGCGCCGCUGCAUCUGCAUCCGCCGCUGCUGGCAGUGCCGUUACUACUUCAGAAGGGGUUGGGUCUACUCACACCGUUAGUCAUCGCGACUUCGAUCUGAACUUGCCUGCUUUUCCAGAUUUGUCCAACAAGUUCUUCGUGGAGGACGAGGUUUCCAGCCCUCUGCCGAUGAAGAAGCCCCGUCUCUUGACCCUACCGAAGAUUGAAAUCCCUCGAUUCCAUUAAAUCCCCGUUCCUCCAAAUUAUUACUUCAGUUCUUAGUUUUUUCUUUAAUUAUUUGGGUUUUUUUAAGGAUAGUUUAUUAAAUUUGUUGAUGUACAUACAUAGUACUUGGACCUCGUUAGCUAGUUCUUAGAUAUAUUGUAUCUUGACCGUGCCAGUUCAAUUCAAUUUAAUUUUUUUAUUUGUUAAA